AUGGCCGAAGGAAAGACUCUGAUUGAUUUGUCUCCAAACAACAACAACAAUAACAACAACAACAGCAAUAACAACAACAACAACAACAUCAAUUAUAAUCAUAAUAGCACUAAAUAUAAUAUGAAUAAAGCUAUCUACAACGACAACAACAAUGAUGAUGAUGAUGUCGACGAUGAUAAUUUUAUUAAUGCAAGCAGUAGUUACAUCAACAACAACAACAUCAGCAGCAGCAACAACAACAACAUUAAUGCCCACAGCGACAGCAACAACAACAACGACGAUGAUGACGACGACGAUGACGAAGAGAUGACGUCACUAAACUACGAAACUUUACAAUCCCUACCGCCUAUUGCUGCUGUUACGAAAAAUUUCUACUCAACUAAUGAUGAUUUCGUUAAAUUUGUACAACAACAUCAACAACAACAUCCGUACUUGCAACAACAACAACAUCAUCAUUAUUCAGAUAACCAGCAGCAACAACAUCAGCAGCAACAACAACAACAUUAUCUUCCCUACAAAUACGAAAUUACAGAUUUUGACGGCCAACAACAACAGCAACAACAACAAUUUAGUUUUUCAAAUCUAACUCCUUCAUCGUCGUCCUAUGAAUCAUCAACAACAACAAACAACCCUCAUAUAAUGUACCCCCAACACACUUAUGACACUUCCUCAAUUUACCCAAGCCCUCUAUCUGUUCACCACCACCAUCAGCAGCAACAACAGCAGCCACCACUACCACCACAGCAACAAUCUCCUCGUCAUCUCCAUCCUCACCAUCAUUCUGUAGAACCAUUCCUCUUCCACUCGUCCCCCCUUAAACAGCAGCAGCAGUUAACAACAACAUCACCAAAGUUAACUUUCCAUCCAGGGUUAUCUACUUACGACUUCCAACAGCAGCAACAACAACAACAACAAUUUCACCAACAACACCAACAUCAUCUUUUUCACCAGCUCGGUGGCCACCACCUACCCCAAUUAAUCCCACACGUCAGCGAUUUAACUUCACCAACCGGCCCCAACAACAACAACAACAACAUAAUUUCCCCCGACACCAACAACAACAAUUGCAUGCCACUAAACAAUAACAACAACAACAUCGAUCACCGACUAACACUCUCCUCUCCAAUUGACCGUCGUUGCGGCAGAUUGCCAAUAAACAUCAACAACAACAUCAACCGCAACACCAACAACAACAACCACAACAUCAACAACAACAACAUCAAUAUCAUCCUCAUAAACAUCAGCAACAACAUCAACCACAACAACAACAUCAACAACAAAAACCUCAUCAACAACAACAACAUCAACAACAACAUCAACAACAACAACAUCAACAACAACGACAACAACAUCAACAACAACGACAACAACAUCAACAACAACGACAACAACAUCAACAACAACGACAACAACAUCAACAACAACGACAACAACAUCAACAACAACGACAACAACAUCAACAACAACGACAACAACAUCAACAACAACGACAACAACAUCAACAACAACGACAACAACAUCAACAACAACAACAACGACAACGAUAUUGAUUUCGACAUUAUUAUUUCAUGCAAUUAA